AUGUUCAGCGUUGAUGGGGUGAUCGUGUGGUGGGGAAAAGCUGCUGGAGUGGCUGUUGCUGCUACUCCGGCCAGUGUUGGUCCGACCAAGGGUGGAGGUGGGCUUGAUAACCGAUCAUGUCGUAGCCUAUCACGUGUCGGGUGUUGCACCCGAACACAAGUUGAUCAAGGUGAGACGUUUGAGCCUGAAUGGAUAAUUGAGGAUACUGGGGAUAAUGACUCCAAUGAUGAAAGAGAGAUUAGGAAGAGCAUUGAGUCUUCGAUGGAUUGCAAAAUCAAUGCAGCCAUCAAGCGAGCAGCUAGCAAAAAUUGA